CCCACUUUCAUUUUGUGCAGUGCAGUGGGCUGUUUCAGUUCAGUCUGUCUGAGACACUUGGUAGUGUCUGUUCUGUGCUCCGGAGUCAAUGUAGCUUUCUGCUUUCUCCAGCCACCCACAACAUUUGACCUCUGAUUGAAUUGAAUUUUUAUAGUGGUAAUCUGACCAAGAGGACUGAUCUAUUGGUCAUCACAACACAGCAAACCUAUGAAGGUGCUGAGUGGUCACGGCGUGUCUAAAUCGUUGACCCAAAACAGCGAGAACCUAUUCAUCAUGCCAGCCGCAGCUGUUCCAAUGAAUACGGGACUCUCCCUUAGUCAGCAGACUAAUGCCAAUCUGACCAGAAUCUCCCACACUGGAAACCCAAACAUCAAUCAAAGGCGUUGGAGGAGUGUGAUUCACAAAGUACAGAAAAGGCGUGUACAUCCCAAAAACAAGAUGUUUGGGCGAGCCUUGUCUGAUAUUUGUCAGAAAGAUGGGUGUCCUCCCAAACCAAUCAUGGAUAUCCUUACAUUGCUGCUCAGAGACGGUCUGGACAAAGAGGGGGUGUUCAGGAAGGCAGGCAACGCCAGAGCGCUGAGAGAGAUCAAAGCGCAGCUCAACAAUGGGAUGGAAGUGGAUCUGAAAGAGCAGUCAGUCUUUUUGCUUGCGGAUCUUGUCAAGCAUUUUCUUAAAGAACUGCCUGGCAGUUUGCUAAUGGUGGAGAAGGCCAAAUCCUGGAUGACUGCAAUGGAAAAGGAAGAUGAAGAUCAGAAGUGUGCUGAAAUCAAAAUGGUAAUCAGCACGCUUCCUGAGCCAAAUAUUCAGCUCUUGAAAUACUUGAUUGUUCUGCUCCACCUUAUAAGUGAGAACGAAGGAAUGAACAAGAUGAAUUCUCACAACCUAGCUACAUGUGUUUCCCCCAACUUGCUCCAAACAGACAACUUGGAAAAGAUGGAAGAGGUGACAAAGCUGACAAAGUUUCUCAUUGACAACUGCAAUCAAAUAUUUGGUGAGGAUGCAAUGACGCUAUUUGGAGACUCAGAUGAAGAUGAACUCAGCGAUAACCAAGACUCUUUCUCUUCACACCAUCAUGACUCUGCAUAUGACAGUAAUGACCCUGAUGCAGACAAGGGGAGUUAUUCUGACAUGGACUCCAUCAAAUCUGGCGUUGAAGAGGAAGCCCAGAAACAUUCCAGCACCGUUGAACCUUGGACUACAAAACUGUUGACUCGCAGACGCUCAGAACCAGCAAUCGUCUUCACCGAGGGAGUUCGGCACCUGGUCCUCUCUAGGAGCCAGACAGAAAUGGACUUUUAUGACAAACAAUUAACAAAACAGAUCUCCGAUGACUGUAUUGUGUUUAGAGCAGGUAACAGCUUGGGGAAAAGCUGUUGUUUGCCACCUAAAACUGGGGCCAGGAAAAUCUCUAAAGGCUCGUAUUGUUCUUCAAGCUCACUUGAGAGUUGUUUCUCCAGUGCUUCAGAGAGCUCAAUCCAUAGCUCUCCUAUCAUGCCUUCAUGCAGUCAGAGAAAGGCCCUUACACGCAAACAUUCGUAUCCCACCCGCCCAUCGGCACCUGCACCGAAUCGCUCCGAGACCCCAAAAAGACGCUCGCAAUCGAUGAAGAGCGCACAUAUCAGAAGCAGGACUGUCUUCGGGCGAAGCGGCUCCACUAAACGGGCCAUCGAGAGAGCUCUGCGCCAUAGUCAGACCGAACCCGAACCACCGAAUCCUAAUCCGGAGCCGAGAUUCUUGUCUAGCGAGGAGAUUUUCCAGCAGGUGGACAGCAGGAUACCAAGCGAUCCUCCAAGUUAUCAGCAAGCGGUUGAGGACAAUUCCCAUGUAGUUCUCUCGAGCCGUAAAUCGCUGACUGUUCACGAUGUCAGAUGUCUGUCGAAGAAAACAUGCAACUGCUCCAGGUCCUCAAGUGAAGAAACAUUGGAUUCACCUUCUGGGAAUGAACAUUUUGAUAUCCACAACAGAGACAGUAAAGAGACAUGUUGUGAUAGUAUGAGUGGAUCCUCCUCAGAGUUGAGACAGAGGAGCACAUCUGAAUCUGUGUGUGAAGCAUCACUACCAGAGUGGUGCAGUCAGGAACAUCUCAGAGAGACAUAUGUGUGAUGAACUCUUUAUUUUUUUAUUUUAUUAUUGCUACUUUUUGGUGGUGGCAGAAUGUCUUUUGCAAAUGACCUCAUAAUGAGGCACAAUUCAGAAGUACAAUGAUGUACAAUUCAGAAAUAGUUUUGCGCUGAAUAUGUUGAAUUUUAUUCUUCAUUUUAGUCUGGUCUUUUGUGACAAUGUUUUUAUACCCACAAUAUUUUGACUUGGCACUUUGAGGAUUUUUCACUACACGGGUUCAAAAGUUUUUGUGCAAUGUUUGCAGAACUAAUGUACAUACUUGAAAGCAAUGCAAACUAUGUAUGUCUUCUCAUGAAAUAAAGACAUGAAAUAAAACUACA